AGCCUGGCGGGGUCAGCCCCCGACUAGCUGCCUGGCGCAUGGCCGUGUGGGGCUUAGGGUGCCGUCUGGGCCUGCUCGGGGGUGUCGGCGCCGGUAGGCUAUUAUGUCGCCGUUUCCAGAGCCACCGCCCCCAGGGCGUGAAAGACGGGGACGGGCCGCAGUCUUCCUCGAAGACACCCAAGAUCCCCAAGAUAUACACCAAAACAGGAGACAAAGGGUUUUCUAGCACCUUCACUGGAGAAAGGAGAUCGAAAGAUGACCAAGUGUUUGAAGCUGUGGGAACAACGGAUGAAUUAAGUUCAGCUAUUGGGUUUGCUUUGGAAUUCAUCACUGAGAAAGGCCACCCGUUUGCUGAAGAGCUUCAGAAAAUCCAGUGCUCGCUGCAGGAUGUCGGCUCUGCUCUGGCCACGCCACGCUCCUCAGCCAGGGAGGCUCACUUAAGACACGCCGCACUCGAGGCAGGGUGUAUCCUGGAGCUGGAGCAGUGGAUCGACAAGUACUCCAGCCAGCUGCCCCCACUCACAGCCUUCAUCCUGCCGUCGGGAGGCAAGAGCAGCUCUGUGCUGCACUUCUGCCGGGCUGUGUGUCGCCGAGCAGAGAGACGUGUGGUGCCCCUUGUCCAGAUGGGUGAGACGGACGCUAACGUGGCCAAGUUCUUAAACAGACUCAGCGACUAUCUCUUCACGUUAGCCAGAUAUGCGGCCAUGAAAGAGGGGAAUCAGGAAAAAAUAUACAAGAAAAAUGACCCGUCGGACAAAGCCUGAGGCAUGUGGAAAUAACGCAAAGUGGGGAGAUCUGCAGACCUCUCC